AUGAUUCAACACAAAAUAAAAAAUAUUCUUGACAAUUUACUACAGAAGAUAGAUUGAAAUUCAAUUAUUUGGCUUGAAUCGCUCUAUAAAAGCCGUAGAUGGUUUUUCAACUGCACGUGAAUUGGCGAACACUCGAGAAAAUAAAAAUGAGCUCGAUAAAGAUCAUCGCAUUGUUUAUGGCUAUACUGGCUGUAAUUUCGGUUUCAGUAGCAGAUACUCGUAGAAUGAGGGUAUUAGUUGAAAACGAGUCACCUUAUAUAAUGACUAGAUCAAAUCAAACAAAUAGACCAGUUAAAUUCUUGUUUGACACUGGAGCGUCGUCAACUUUUAUUGCAAAAGAUUUACUAAAACCGAAUGUAAACAUAUAUGGUCAGCCUGUAAGAAGUGCGAGCUGUAAUCUAGAUGAUACUCCAGUCGUAACGUAUGGAAUGGCGGAUAUUUUUUUUCCACGAGAUUUUGAUUCCUUGAAAAUAACAGUAAAUGUAAUGGACAGAGCACUUAUAGGAGGAGAAGAUGGUUUAUUCGGAUUUGAUCUUAUGGAGGCGUUCCAAAUGAUAAUUAACAUCCCUGAAAAUUAUAUCGAUUAUGAAGUAGGAGAGGUCCAGAGAAAUACUUCAGUACUAACUGGGAGAAGAUUGGAGAGGCAACUAUCACGACAAUCAUCGAAAAAUUUAUUAAAGAAUUUAUCACGGACUUUGUCAGAAUAUUAUUCUUUAUCUGAUUCAGAAUAAUCAAUCAUUUUAUAAAAAAAAAUAUCAAGGAAUUUUCAUUAAAAAUGCCAUGAACUUCCAAUAUUGUAACAACUUACUGAAAUAUAAAAAAAAAACUUUUUACAAUCGAAA